AUGGUCAAGACCUCCGUCCUCAACGAUGCGCUUAACGCCAUCAACAACGCCGAGAAGGCUGGCAAGCGCCAGGUGCUCAUCCGCCCGAGCUCCAAGGUCAUCAUCAAGUUCUUGACCGUCAUGCAGCGUCACGGCUACAUUGGCGAGUUCGAGGAGGUUGACGACCACCGCAACGGAAAGAUCGUCAUUCAGCUGAACGGCCGCAUCAACAAGACUGGUGUCAUCUCUCCCCGCUACAACGUCCAGCUCCGCGACCUCGAGAAGUGGGUUGUCAAGCUGCUGCCGUCGCGUCAGUUCGGUUACAUUGUCCUCACCACCUCGGCCGGUAUCAUGGAUCAUGAGGAGGCCAGGAGGAAGCACGUCGCUGGCAAGAUCAUUGAGAGCUUCGAGCUGGCCAAGAGCUAUGCACAUACACAGGUUACACCCAUUCACCUCGCCGUCGCCCUCAUAGAUCCCCAGCCGGACAAGGCCUUCCCCGAUGCACAACAAUCCGCACCCGCAUUCAGACAAGUCGUUGACCGAGCGAACGGCGACCCCCAGCAAUUCGAGCGGUCCCUCAAGAAGGCCUUGGUCCGGCAACCUAGCCAGGAUCCUCCACCAGACCGGACAGCACCCUCGCCUGCCCUGGCCAAAGUCCUCAGACAAGCAGAGGAGCUUUGCAGGACACAGAAAGACUCCUACAUUUCCAUCUUCCACUUGAUCCAAUCCCUUGUGCAAGACCCUUCCGUCCAGAAGUGCCUUGCAGAGUCCAACGUCCCGAACCCCAAGGUCAUUGAUCAGGCAGUCCAGGCGAUACAAGGCACAAAGCGGGUGGACUCGAAGACGGCAGAUGCCGAAUCAGACAACGAAAACCUCAAGAAGUUCACAAUAGAUAUGACGGCAAUGGCACGCGAUGGGAAAAUCGAUCCUGUCAUUGGCCGUGAGGAGGAAAUCCGGCGUGUCAUCCGGAUUCUCUCGCGACGGACCAAGAAUAACCCCGUCCUCAUUGGAGAACCUGGUGUCGGCAAAACCACCGUCGUCGAAGGCCUUGCACGCCGCAUCGUCGAUGCCGAUGUCCCUGCCAACCUUGCUGCAUGCAAGCUCCUGUCACUCGAUGUGGGCGCACUGGUCGCAGGCAGCAAGUACAGAGGAGAGUUCGAAGAGCGUAUGAAGGGAGUCUUGAAGGAGAUUGAGGAAUCCAAGGAGAUGAUAGUACUCUUCGUGGACGAAAUCCAUCUUCUCAUGGGAGCUGGUUCUUCAGGAGAAGGUGGUAUGGAUGCCGCCAACCUCCUGAAGCCGAUGCUUGCCCGUGGUCAACUCCACUGCAUUGGCGCCACCACGCUCGGAGAGUACAGGAAGUACAUCGAGAAGGAUCAAGCGUUCGAACGACGUUUCCAGCAAGUCCUGGUCAAGGAACCAACCGUCGCGGAGACCAUCUCGAUUCUCCGCGGUUUGAAGGAGCGCUACGAGACUCACCAUGGUGUCACCAUUCUCGACGGUGCCAUCGUUACCGCCGCUACUCUUGCGGCUCGCUACUUGACUCAGCGUCGUCUUCCUGAUUCCGCUGUGGAUUUGAUCGAUGAGGCAGCAGCAGCUGUCCGCGUUGCUCGCGACUCACAGCCUGAGGAGCUCGAUAACAUGGAACGCCGUCUACGCCAAAUCGAGAUUGAAAUCCAUGCCUUGGAAAGAGAGAAGGACGAGGCCUCGCGUCAACGCUUGAAGGAGGCCAAAGCUGAAGCCGCCAAUCUCCAGGAGGAACUGAAGCCGCUGCGCGAGGCUUACGAGCGUGAGAAGGAGCGUGGCAAGGAGAUCCAAGAACAGAAGGUCAAGCUUGAGAACCUCAAGAACAAGCUUGCCGAAGCUGAGCGUAUUCGCGACCUAGCGACCGCUUCUGAUCUCAAGUACUAUGCUAUCCCUGAUGUCGAGCAGCACAUCCGCCAUCUCGAGGCCGAGAAGGCAAAGAGCGAUCGAGAGAUGGAGGCGCGUCAAGGUGGUGGAACUGGUCAAGGUCUCCUCUCCGACGUUGUUGGACCUGACCAGAUUAACGAGAUCGUUGCACGCUGGACCGGCAUUCCAGUCACACGUCUCAGGACGACCGAAAAGGAGAAGCUUCUUCACAUGGAGCGUCAUCUGGCAGAAGUCGUCGUCGGACAGCGGGAGGCAGUCGUUUCCGUGUCAAAUGCCAUUCGACUUCAGCGGUCUGGUCUGGCGAACCCGAACCAACCGCCCAGCUUCCUCUUCUGCGGUCCCUCUGGUACAGGUAAAACACUGCUGACAAAGGCGCUUGCGGAGUUCCUCUUCGAUGAUCCAAAGGCGAUGAUACGGUUCGAUAUGUCAGAAUACCAGGAGCGGCACUCGCUGAGCAGGAUGAUUGGCGCUCCACCGGGUUAUGUCGGUCACGACGCUGGAGGUCAGCUCACGGAGGCACUCCGUCGUCGCCCGUUCUCUAUCUUGCUCUUCGACGAGGUAGAGAAGGCCGCCAAGGAAGUCCUUACUGUGCUCCUGCAACUCAUGGACGACGGACGUAUCACCGAUGGACAAGGUCGCAUUGUCGACGCAAAGAACUGCAUUGUCGUCAUGACCUCCAACCUUGGCGCUGAAUACCUUUCGCGUCCCAACGCAAACGCACCGGACGGCAAGAUCGACCCCACUACCAGGGAGAUGGUCAUGGGAGCUCUGCGCGGAUACUUCCUCCCCGAGUUCCUCAACCGUAUCUCCUCCAUUGUUAUCUUCAACCGUCUCACCAAGAAGGAGAUUCGCAAGAUCGUCGACGUCCGCAUGGCCGAGAUCCAGAAACGUCUCGAAGCCAAUGGUCGCAACAUCAAGAUCGAGCUUACGCCAGAAGUGCGCGACUACCUUGGCAGUGCAGGUUACUCGCCCGCCUACGGUGCUCGGCCUCUUGCUCGUCUCAUUGAGAAAGAGGUGCUCAACCGUAUGGCGGUUAUGAUCUUGCGCGGCACCAUCAAGGAUGGCGAGGUCGCGAGGGUGAUUCUCGAGGAUGGACACAUCCAAGUGUUGCCGAAUCACACGGAUACAGACGCGGAUUCCGAGAUGUAUGACGAUGAGGAUGCCAUGGCGGAGUUCGAUGAAGAGGUUGAUGGUGGGAUGGACUUGUAUGACUAA